UCAUUAACACCUCUCAUCCAAGCCUGUUGCUGGAGUAUCAUCAGAAAUGGAAAAAUGGUUGUCAAGGGUUGGAACACAGAGGGCUGGACAUUCAGGGGCCAAAGAAAGGGACACUGAAGAGAGCAAGUCAAACAAGAAUGGAAAGUUAGUCAAAAUCCUUAAUGACAACUGUUACCACUUACAUCAAGCCUCUGUGUGUUGUCAAGAGCACCAGCGUCCUGCGUUACCACUGGGGAUCUGCACCAAAUUCAACAAAUCAGACCCUCGCAUUGCCCUAGGAAAGUACUCCCCCUUGGAAAAAGAGAUCCUGCGUCUAGGUGGUGUUCAUACUAAAGCCACAAGAAGGUUUUUGGCUUCCAAACAAGAGGAAGAACGGAAAAUGGUGAGGGACCUGAGGCUUCUGUCUCCAGACUGCAAACAGGCAAUGGAAUGUAAAAAUCAACCUUCCCCUCCAUGUGCUAUGAGUGGACCUGUAAAAAAAUUAUGGACUGCACAAGUAAUUGUGCCUGCUGAGGAGUUCAAAAUGCCCGAGCGGGAGAAGAUCAAUAUCAAGAAGCACGUGGAAAGAAUGCAGUUGGCCAGAGCCUUAGAGAAUAAGCAGGUUUCCUCCUAUGCUGAGAGACUCAGGACAUCCAUGUUUGUGCACCCAACAGCAAAGGGCAAUGGGAGAAAAGAUGGGGACAGUUCUGACAGUGAUAAUAUCAAGCAGGAGGAGAAAAAAGAGGGAGAGAGCAAGGUCACAAGACAAAAAAUAAAAAUGAAUGUCAUUUUCAAGUCAGAAGAAGCAAAAACGUAUUUUCCAUGCCAACCACAUGAUUGCAAGCCUUUUCUUCCCAUACAAACACUGGAACGAUCCAUCACAGGCCUAACAAACCGAAAUCUCCUUCCCAUAGCUAAAUUCCCUGGAGACCUCAUGCUCAUGAACCAGGAAUUUAUAUCCCGGAGAAAUUACUCUGGUGAUAUGAACAGUAUCUACCACCUGCAAAAAAGACAGUGCCUGUAAGAAGUAUGUGGGUAUGAGAGAAUCGACUCCCCGUUUGUAAUGUAACCCCCCCCCCCUGAGCUAUAGAACAGAGCAGUAAGGAAUGUGUCACUCCCUAAAUCCUCCUUGAGAUAUCGGGGCAGGACAGGAAGGAAUGCAUCUGCUAGUCAUUAACCACAAGAUGAUCUGUCCUCUGUAAAGAUAAAGAUAAGUAAAGGAAUGUGCUAGAUUAGACCAGGACUCUCGGUCUCCAUGGUUACUCAGCCCCAGACCCCUCGAAUCAGCAUCUGCCAAGUCCUGCGCCGUUCAAAAUUAACCAAUGCGAUCUGCUUCUGUAAACCUGCUUGCUUCCCGCUUGUGCCCUUAAAAACCCUGCACAAAUUCCCCUCGAGGCCCUCUGCACUCGUUUGCCUGGAGGACCCC